CGCGCGCACACACACACACAACCCGUCUCUUAUUGCGAUAUACGUGAGUGCGCGUCUCUAAUCAUCCAACCAGCCCGCGAGCCCGCACUCCUCAAACCAAACCGCAGCCGAACCAAGCUGAGCCGAACCGCGCCGCGCCGAUCCGAGCCAAACCUAUCCGAGAAUCCAGCUCCCCAACACAGGCAGCAGAGGAGGAACGAUGAGCUGGUAGCGCAUCUUUACGCACCCGACCCGCCGUCCGUCCUCAUAAACCCUCAUUCUCCGUCUUUACGUUUAAAUUUUCACGCCGAGACCAUGGAGACGGCAGUUCCCAGGACCGAUAUGAUAAUUUCCCAGCUGCUCCUUUUGAGCCAAAUAGUUGUGGCAGCAGAGCCGCUGGUCCGAGGUCUGAAGAAACUCCCAGAGGACAUCGACUGGUCGUACUCAGGUACCCUGAACCAGCGUAACUGGGGUAAGAAGUACCCGUCCUGUACCAGUGCCAGGCAGUCUCCCGUGGACAUUGACGAAACGUUCACCCAGGUUAGGCUGCAGUACCAAAACCUGCAACUAGAAGGGUGGGACAAGCUUACAGCAGAGUCCAGCACCAUCCACAACAAUGGGAAGACUGUGGCCAUCAAUGUGGAAGGAGAGUUCUAUGUGAGUGGAGGAGGUCUGAGCUCCAGGUUUCGUGUUGGUAGAAUCACCUUCCACUGGGGCCGCUGCAACGCAACAUCAGAUGGGUCUGAACACAGCCUGAAUGGAAUGAAAUACCCUCUGGAGAUGCAGAUCUACUGUUACGAUCCAGAUGACUCUCAAAGGCUGGAUGAUGCUAUCAGGGAAGGAGGAAGGGUCUCUGCUUUGGCUGUACUCUUUGAGAUCAGCCUGGAAGACAACGAGAACUUAAUUCCUGUUAUCGAUGCAGUCAACACUGUCAGCAGGUUUGGUAAGAGUGGGUCAUUGGAAGCCUUCACCUUACGGUCCCUGCUGCCUAAUAACACAGAUAAAUAUUACAUCUACAAUGGUUCUCUGACUGCCCCUCCCUGCACUGAAAUGGUGGAGUGGAUUGUCUUUAAAAACACUGUGGCCAUAUCAGAAACACAGUUGGAGGUGUUCUGUGAAGUGAUGACCAUGGAGCAGGCUGGUUAUGUGAUGCUGACGGAUUACCUGCAAAACAACUUCAGGGAGCAGCAGCAACAAUUCAUGGGUCAGGUGUUUGCCUCGUACACCGGGGUGGAGGACGUGCUCACACCCACCUGCAGCUCGGAGCCAGAGAACGUUCAGGCUGAUGCCCAGAACGACACCACCAUCGUGGUGACGUGGGAGCGUCCCCGCGUGGUUUACGACACCACCAUCGACUGGUACACUGUCACCUACCAGAGGCUGCAGGGCCGAGACCAGAGCAAGCAGGAGUACAGGACCGAUGGGGACCAGGAUGUGGGUGCCAUCAUUCCCAGCCUGCUGGCCAACAGCAGCUAUGUAGUUCAGGUGGUGGCUGUUUGCACCAAUGGACUCAGAGGACGAUGGAGCGACCAGAUUAUAGUGGACAUGCCGUUAGAAGAUCCUGAAAGUGAUUCAGAUUCUGACACUGUCACAAAAGACUUGGAGGGUUACAGGCAGGUCUUAUCUAAAGGCAGAUGGGGGAGGCCUGAGAACCAAAAUCAGGUGGAUUUGUCUCUGGAGGACCACAGCCCUGUUGAAGAGAUCCCAGUAGAGCAGACCAGAGUUUACCAGAACCAGCCUACACACCACCAGAACCAGCCGAGAGACCAAACCCAAGCAAACCAGAACAUCCCAGUCCAGGUCAGCCCCCAUUCGACCCCAAAGACUCCCUCCGACUCUGCAGUUCUCCAGAAAACUCAACUCAACCAGAGCGUGAAAAAGAAACCGGGCCGAAACAAGUCUAAACCAGAUGAUAUGGAUCAGAACUGGAUUGAUGAGGACAGGAGGAUCCCAACCAACCGGCCCAUUACUAAUGCAGGUUUUGACAGCAAUGGUGCAAUCUGGGUAACUGAGACAACUGAACGGCCGGGCUUCCUGUUUCCAGUUGCUCGGACCACCACACUGCCAAUUAUCCACAGACAAAUGACUGAGGAGGCAUCAUUGUCAGUUUUGCCACAUCAGUCAGGAGAUACACCAGACCAAGCUGGUGAAAGUGGCGUGCCCUCUCCUCAGUCGGACCUCAACACACCUCCUGUGGAGGACAUCCAGGUCACAGAUAUCUUCUAUGAAGACACAGUCAACAACUUUCCACUGGAAACCACCAUCUCCACUGCAACACAGUCUGCUGCUGUUGUGGUGCCAGGUAAUAAAGUGGACAGAGUCCCCCCACUGUCCCCUGAAGACAGCGAUGCCCCAGUGAACAAACCUCCACCAGAAACCAUCACGUCAGUUUCCUCCUCCCUCUGGAUCACCGCAAGGACUGCAACUGCCAGCAACACCCUCGCCAAUUCAGUCUACAAAUCAUUCACCACCUCAUCUCUUCUCAAGGUGCUGAUGCAUACAACCCAGCCCAUGUUCAAUGCAAACACACCCAGGUCUGAGGACUCAACCGUUGACCUCUCCUCUGGCUUAACAAACUCUGCUGCAGUCUCUGUCCCAAAAAGAUUAUUCAGUUUGUCACCUCCAUCACUCAACCCCAUCAAUGAAUACCCCAGCAGUUUCAGUCCUUCUCUUGCCCUCCCUGAAGAUGAGAGGAGUGGUGUUAACUUUCAUCACAAUGACAAGUCCUCUGAGGAGCACUCUAUUGUCCAUCUAGAAAUGGAUUUAGAACGCCCUCAGAUUUCUACCACUUUGGGUUCUCAAAAUCACUUAAGCACUGAGUACUCUCUUCCUCUUCUGUCUGAUUAUGACUUGAGUCCCAUCAACUUAUCAAAAACAAGCUCUGUUGAAAAUGCUUUAAAUAGAAAUGCUCCUCAUUCUCAAAGUGACAUUAGGAUUCAAGAUAGACUGAACAUCUUGCCACAUCCCAACAAUGAAGAGGAACUGAGGAUGACUGGACGUAAUGACAACCACAACUCUCUCUUUGAUUCUAAAGAUUUGGAUCUUUCAGACGGAUCAACAGGGGACAGUGGAUCAGGCUCUGGCCUUGAUGGUAAUGGGCUCAAUCAAGACUUUGAUGAAGUGGCUACAAUCAAGACUGACCUUUCUACUUUUGCAAGCUUAACUGUUAGCUUCAAGGUGGAUGAUACUAGGGAAAAGAGUAGAUCAACUGCAACUAAGAUGGCAACUGAAACAAAUAAGGAUAUAGAUAGGGCAAGAAGUAAUAAAGGUGGCACAAAACAGUGGGAAACAGCAGCAGAGAAAGAGAUAGCAGAGAAUGAUAGUGAGCUAAGUCAUGAGGAAGAAGAAAAGAUUGGAGGAGAAGGACUAAAUGAGACUGUGAAUGAGGUAGUGUGGAAAAUGGAUAGAGAAACAGAGGAUAGUGCCAGAUGGCUCAGUAGCAUAGCAGGAUGUGACAUGCUGAAAGAAAAAGAGAGAGAAACUGAAGGUGAAACUGUAGGAAAGACUGAGAAUGACACUGAGAACGGCAGUGGAAUUGAAAGCGUUAGAGUUUUUAGCUGGCCUGAAGAUGUCAGUGGUUCUGGAGAGGGUGGUGGAGAUGGAGGGGAAAAUGAUAAAGAAAAAGGAAAGAUAACCAGUGAUGGUAAGGAGGAUAUCAAAGCUCUAGCUGAAAAGGAAAGUGAUAGUAAAGGCAAUGGAAGAAAAGACAGCAACAAAGAUGCUGUACUUGGAGGGAGAGAUGGUCUGCAGCUGUCUGUCAGUCAAAAUAAACCCAAAGCAGAGUUCCCACUGUUUGACAGCAGUGAAGAAAAUAGCAAUGGUGAUGGACAUGAUGAAGAAGAUGAAAAUAAAAGUCUUGACAGGUCUCUCAAGGACAACUGGGAGGGAGAUGGUGAUGGUAAACUAAAAGUAGGAAUGGAGAGUGUGGAACAUAUUGAAGAAGGUGGUACAGAGGAUAGUGAUGCAGUUGUAAUUGGAGAAAGUUUGCAGCAGUUCUCAAGUGUGGACAGACUGUUGUUUGAUGCUGCAAGAAGUCCUGUUUUGGGGCGUAUAGUCCCUCUGCUCAGACUGACAGAUGCCAACAAGGCAAUGGAGGAGCAAAUGGAAGAGGGCAGCAACAGCAGCCACGAGUCUCGGGUCGGGCUGGUCGGAGGCGUGGAGAGGGAGAAGAGGACAGUCGUUCCUCUGGCUGUCGUCUCCACUCUCACCAUCCUCUGUCUGUUGGUACUGGUGGGCAUACUCAUCUACUGGAGAAACUGUUUUCAGGCAGCAAAUUUCUACCCAGAUGACAGUGCAUCACCUAAAGUCAUAUCUGCUCCGUCUACACCCCUGCUGCUGGCCACAGACGGUCAUGAGCCGCUGACAGUGAAGCAGUUUGUGAAGCAUGUCAUGGAGCUGCACACCACCAACACCUUCUACAAGGAGUUUGAGAUUGUCAAAGAAUCCUAUGAGGAGGUGCAAGCGUGUACAGUGGACAUGGGUAUCACCGCUGACAGCUCCAAUCACCCUGACAACAAAAGCAAGAACCGCUACAUCAACAUAUUAGCCUAUGACCAUAGCAGAGUGAAGCUCUCCAACAGCUUGGACAGAGAUGGGAAAUGUGGGGACUAUAUCAACGCUAACUUUGUUGAUGGUUAUGAGCGAACAAGGGCGUACAUCGCAGCUCAGGGUCCUCUCAGAGCGGGCAGGGAAGACUUUUGGAGGAUGAUCUGGCAGCAGAAUGUCGGAGUCAUCGUCAUGAUCACCAACCUCAAGGAGAAAGGACGGACAAAGUGCGACCAGUACUGGCCAGACGAGAACCAGGAGGAAUACGGUCCAUACCAGGUGACCCUGAAAAGCAGCAAGACCCUGGCUUACUACACAUUGCGGACGUUCACUGUCAGAGACACCACAAAUAAGGUGUCUCAGAGAAGGGUUGAACACACAGUCCUCCAUUACCACUACACCCAGUGGCCAGACAUGGGUGUCCCAGAAUACACUCUGCCCGUCCUGUCCUUCAUCAGAGCAUCCUCCCGGGCCCGGACACAGGAGAUGGGACCUGUCCUGGUACACUGCAGUGCUGGUGUAGGACGGACAGGAACAUACAUAGUGAUAGACAGCAUGCUGCAGCAGAUCCAGGAUCAGGGGACAGUGAACGUUCUCGGUUUCCUAAAACAUGUGCGGACUCAGAGGAACUUCCUGGUUCAGACAGAGGAGCAGUACGUGUUCAUCCAUGACGCUCUGGUGGAGGCCAUCUUGAGCCGUGAUACCUCUGUGACCUCUGACCUCCUCCACACCUAUGUGUCUGACCUCCUGACCCCUGGGGCGUCAGGCAGGACACGCAUGGACAAACAGUUCAAGUUGAUCAGUCAGCGCCAGGCGAAGCACGCAGACUACAGCACUGCCCUGAAAGAUGGCAACGCUGAGAGGAACAGAGCCAGAGCUCUGAUGCCUGUGGAGAGGUCAAGAGUUUGUCUGACUGCUUCAGAAUCAAACUCCACAGGCUACAUCAACGCCUCGUACGUCAUGGGACAUCACCACAGUAAGGAGUUCAUAGUGAGCCAGACUCCUCUGAGCAGCACUGUGGCUGAUUUCUGGAGAAUGAUCUGGGAGCACAACACACACACUGUCGUUCGUCUGCCAGACACACACUGUCAGGGUGAAGAGGGGGAGUGUUGCGUCUGCUGGCCCAGUAGAGACCAACCAAUGAACUUUGAGGGUUUCACUGUGUCCUACUCGGGGGAGGAGCAUGUGUGUCUGUCCAAUGAUGAGAGACUUUUGGUGCAGGACUUUACAGUGGAGUCUCCACAGAACAAUUAUGUGUUGGAGGUGCGUCAGUACAGCGCACCCUGCUGGCCAAACCCAGACAGUCCCAUCAGGAACAGUUUUGAUCUGGUCAACACAGUCAGGGAGCACAGCAGACACACAGACGGACCUAUGGUCGUACAUGAUCCGUUGGGAGGUGCUACAUCAGGGCUGUUCUGUGCUCUCACCACCCUGUCCAGCCUACUAGAGGAGGAGGGAGCUGUAGACGUCUACCAGGUGGCACGGAUGACCAACCUUAUGAGGCCUGGGGUGUUUAAUGAUAUAGAGCAGUACCAGUAUCUGUACCGAGCCGUGCUCAGUCUGGUGAGCAGCCAGGAGGACCAGAGAGCCCUGCAGAGUCCAGAAACCAACGGAUCUGUACCACUGGGGCAGACCAACAUCGCAGAGAGCCUGGAGUCACUCAUGUAGACAUGCACACACAAACACACACACACACACACACACACGCAAAUUUAACACAUAAACAUGUUGCGUACACAGAAAAUACAUCAACAAGCACACACACACAUACACAUAGCAGUAUAGACUGAGUGACAUGUGAUGAGAGGACAAACACCAACAGCUCUGUGUCUGUGGUUCAUAGUCAUGUCAACUGAGCAUGCUGAUGCUGUAAUGCGCGGUAUGUUCAGUGACCAGAGAUCAUUAUUCACAAUUGAAAAAUAAAAGGCAAUGAUCUAGUAAAGCUAUAAAUCAUCAAAAGCCCUGUAGAGUCUGAAAACAAAAUCAUACUUUUUAUGAUGAGGGAACCAGGAUCUCCUGAUACGUCACCUCUCUGACACAGUGACUACACCCAAAAUCUUUUCCCACACAUUUCUUAUCUGAACGUCUGGCAGGUUGAGACAGGCAUUUAACGUGACUAUCUGUACUUACCAUACUGUCAGUGUGAGCAUGCACAGCAGACUUAGCUACAGAACCAACAGGCUGACUUUUACUUUAAGAGAGAAGAGGUACCACUUUCUAAUAAGACAACCUUUAAAAGUGAACUAAUGACUUUAAUCAUGGCUAAUAAAUCAACAUUAUAACUUAUUUUGUUAUAAGUUAUAAUGUUUGGAUUAGCAGGCUGUCAAAGCUCCAUAUGACUGGACCAAAAACACAUGUAGUAACAUCAACAAAUGUGAUGUGGUGUGUGAUGGCUUCUAAGAAAGUGAAAAACCCCACGAGCGUUUAGGUUAAUUAUUAAAAAGUGGUACCAGAAAAACUUCACUGCCUUUUCAAGCAAAAACCUACAAAUGUUCCAACUGUGUAUCUGUUGCUAGUCAGCAUGGAGCCUGAAGCAGCAGAGCUUCAACACUGUCUGAGAGGAGGCCUGAACAUCCACUGAAAAAGACUAAAGAAAUGUCGAAAAAUUCAAAAAGAAUUUCUAACCUCAUCAUUUCCCAAUAUUUCAUUGGAAAUGAUAAUCCUUGAUACACCAACAACACACCUACCUUAAACUCUUACCUUAAACUUUUAACUUCUAUUUGAAUCUUUAAACAUGUAUUUCUUUUAUUUGUGGCUUCUCGUUUUCUCUUGAUUUUAUUAUUGUUUUUCUCUCAUUUAUUUCCUUCAUUCUUCUAAAACGCAGAAAUAAAUAUUAAUAAAAAUUCCCAUUGGCAAACAGGCAAAACUACAAAUUGAAGCAAGAAAAUGUGAAAAUACAGUUAAAUAUAAAUAAAAUGUAAAUGAAAAUAGAAACCAUUUACCUGCAGAAUAUUUUCUACACUGCACAUUAACCAGCUGAUUUUGGGGCUCUAACCAAACUCUCUAAGUCCUCACAGUGACAGUAAAAUGACUGCUGGUGUUUACUGCUGUUUCUGUCUCGUUGCCUCUGGCUCCAUGGUCUCUGGUGCCCUGUGCCUUUUGUAAUUCACGUUCUUGUUCUUUAAAUCUGUUUUGAUACAACUGUGUGACUAAUAUGCCAAAAUAAUGAUGUGUGAUUUUUAUCUAUUUUCUUAAAGGGGAUCAGUGUCUCGUUUUGUUUGUAAAGGUCGGAGAGAAGACGGAGAAGUGUCACCAGAUGUUUUGUAUAAAAUGUGAUCUGGAAUUUAAAGGGAUAUUCCACCUGAACUCUGUCUUUUGAGUGUCAACCACUCCCUAUAGGUUUGACAGCUGUAGCCGUGGCUGUAUAAUGGAUUCUAAUGUUUUCAUAGUAGGCAGAAAAUAUCACAGCCUCUCAGACCACUCUUGUAGCAGAAGAAUCAUUAAUCUGAGACAGCUGCCAUAUUGUUGCAAACAUUUAGAUUGAGACAGCGAGAAAAAAGACAAACAGCCGAACUUACUGAUAUUUUGGGAGGAUUUCAAUUCUGAUGAACCUCAGCAACUGAAAAUGAAAUUCAGAAGCUGAGAGCUGUGACUUUGAAUCCCCGCAGCCCCUGUGCCACCCGCUAUGACUGUUUUCAUUUCUGAGGAACGUUUCCACUGCGUCAGGCUAAAUCAGUCAACCUCUGAAUCACUUUCAGACGACACCGCAGCUCGAAUCUGUGCGAAUCUGAGGGCGAUUCAGAGCAGAUAUGUCUGUAAUUUGUCUGAACUCUUUCUGUGUAAAUUUCCCUGAAUACAUCAAAAGGCCAAAUUACUGUAUGUUUAUAUUGUACCUCUAUAUAUUUUCUAUUUUACUAUAAAAGGUGAUUUUCUAGUCAUUUACACAUAUAUAACUGUGUGGCUUCUAUUUGAUAAUUUUAGCCUGAAAAUAUUGAUCAUGUUUAUAGUUUUAAUGGAAUGUUAUCUCUUUUUAUCUUUAUGAUUAAGUAGCAGCUUCAUGUCUAUACCUUUAUCUCCAGAUAUAAACUGGUGCAGUAUGUACAGUAUAUAGCAACAAAAUUAAAGAUCUGUUUCAAACCUAAUCUUGUCUCCUUAAUUUGACACACGACAAACAGGAUUAUAGCUUUAUCAUGCUUUUAUUUAUUUAUACUAUAAUACAUUGUAUUGCAUUGUCUCCCCUGAUGGACCUGUACAUGACAUGAUAGUAACAAACAAAAGUCAAAUAAUCAAUGCAUAACCAUGAAAGGUUAACAAGUCAAAAGCAAAAAAUAUAUAUUUCUAUAUAAUCAUAUUAAUAUUUGUCAUUACACAUUAUACUGUAGCAGUCACAUAAGAUAAAGUGUAUAUAGUGCAUUAAGAAUAAACCUCGUUAUGCAGUGAGAGUAUGAGUGCCCAUCCUGGAAAUAUAUAUAUUUUUUCGCUAUUUCUGAUUUUUUUUUCUUCUUUUUUUCAGUUUUUCAAGCACUUCAACCCCAAG